CCGGCAGCAGAAGGUCCGGCGACGCGAAUCGAGACGAGUCGAGAAAAAGAAAUUAAGAAAAGUCAAGCAGAUGAGAUACUCAGCCGUCGUGGUCGCUAAGCGUAGUCGACAACGUGUUUUUCAGUGGCAAGCCUGCACGCUCUUGCGUAACCACGAUUGGACUCUGCUCCUCCUGGACGCAUUCACUUCUUCAACGGUGCAUCGGGUGCAACGGAAGCGCGAGGCAUAAAGAGUGCAGCGAGCUGGCCACGGAGAAAGACGAGGAAGACUCGGAUCUAGUGGUGCUGGCAUGGCCCGGCCUAACAUCAUCAAAAGACGGCACACCGAGCUGCAGCUCGAGUCUGUCGCCAGGAUCUCAAAUCUACCGAUUGUCGAAAGUGGUAUCAACAUCGCCGGCAAUGUUUAUCGUAGGAUCAAGCGUUCAAAUUCUUUAAUAGAUUGGGGUCUUGACACGGCCGAGACCUCUUUAGCAUCAGCAAUGGCAACAGCAACAGCAACAGCGUUGCCAGCAAUGAUCGUACUCAAUGGGCCAAUAAUGACAAUUGACCAUCUAUUGUGCAAAGGUAUUGAUAUGGUGGAGCAACGUGUUCCAGCAAUACAUCUUCCUCCACAUCUUAUGUACUGGAACACACGAGAAUACGUAAACAAUAAAUUUGUGAAGCCUGUCUUGAUAAGGGCAGACAGCGUAAAGUUGAUCGGUAGCCAAGCAGCCAACGCAGCCGUCGAUAGGUUGAAUGGUGCCAUUGACGUUGCUGACCAAUAUGUUGAUCGCUAUCUACCAGCCGAUCCUGCAGAUAAAAGUGCAGAAGUAGAUUGCACAGACUCCGCCAAACCUGAGGAGACGGGCAACAAAGCUGUUCGUACAAUCGAACAUGGCGCCAGAUUUUCACGAAAGUUACAGCGAAGGCUAACUCGUCGCACAUUAGCUGAAGCUCGAGCACUCAAAGAACAGGGAACAGAAUGCAUUCACGUAUUAUUAUACGUUGUUGAACUGAUCGCAACCGAUCCAAAAUUAGCGUGGCAAAAGGCCAAAGAACUGUGGACAUCGCUGAGCCUUCCCGAACCAGAGAAUCAAGCCCGACCGACGAAUCUGGAGCAGUUGUUGGUUCUAUUUACGCGAGAGACAGCACGUCGCAUUGUUCAUUUGGUGAAUGGUACGGCAAACUUGGCAUCCCGAGCACCGCGUCGUCUGGGCCGCACCCUCAUUAGGAUCUACCAUCAACUAAUCACCAUCUCGGAGCAGGCCCUCAAGGUUACCAGUCGCUCGAUUUACCGAAUCCUUGUAGAUGUAUUAUCAGCCACGAGCUCGUACCGUCAACACUUGAUUGCUAUCUCGGACAGUCGUCAGUCGUGCGAUCGUCCGAGGCGCAAGCUUCAUUUUCAAACUAACGGGGUCUGCGCUACUGGUAACAAGUGUAACGUCGGUGCCGGUAUCGAUGGUAAUGGCUUCACUGGCAAUUAUCUCUCGUUGAUUGCUAAAAUCAAUAUUGUCUCGUUGCCGCGAAUCCAUACCAAAUCAUCAUUGUCUUCAUUUAUCGAGGAGUUGAGCCCUGAGGAUGAUGAUGAGGAUGCUAAUGCAAUUGAAGUCAAGGACAAUGAUACAAAUGAAGCAAAUGAGGCUAAUGCUGGCUCCAAAUUUUUUUUGAACGCCAAAAAUAAUGGCGCAAUGAUCCCAUCAGUUUUUAAAAAACCUGUUAGGAAAAUACCAGUUAAAACCUCUAUCGCUUACAAUGGAGAAUCAAUAUUGCCAGUGAAGGUCAAUAGCAACGUGGAUAAAAGAAUGCCUCUUUUCACUAAAAUUAAACCUUUGCCAAUAAUUCGGCAGCAACAAUAAUUUCCCUGGUAAAAUUAUUCAUGAUUAUUCUCAUUGUCGACAUUUACUUAGAACAUUGAUUUGAUUUGGUGAAAAGCAAUCUUUAUCAUAUACACCGUUGAUUGUAAUAUUAGUAUUACUCGAGGGGAAUUAAACACUCAGAUCACCAAGAUCUCGUAAGUAAGCUUUAAUAUUUUAUUUACAUUGAAUAAUAUACGUAAAUUUUAACGGUAAAUGAAGAAGACGUUGGGUUUUCUGGGUGUGCUACAAUUAAGACUAUCAAAAGUCGUAUGAAUGUCGCUGUGCCGUCGAUAUUGGAACCAGCUGUUUCUGAUAUUGCAAUCAAAAUUUGAAUUAUAAUGAAGUCAUACAUUGUGUGAUACAAUCAUUUUUAUUUUUUACAAAAUAUGAUAACAUGCUAUGUAGAUGAUUUUAUAUUCAAAGAUAGAGAUCCGUAGAAUCUAUGAUCUUAAAGUUGCUCCAUAUUUUGGAACGAUACAAUGCCGAAGAAACAUAUAAAUUUUUUCUGCAUCAAUGAAUAUAACCUUAUACAUGUAAUCAGUAAAAUUUUGAAACAUAACCAGGUAUAACUGUGAUUGUAGAAAAAUUGUUUAUUAAGAGAUCUAAAGUUUUGAAGUUUUUCUUAUCAUUUCAAGUGAUAAUUGCAUAUCAGUUUAUCGUCAAACUCAAUUUUUAUAGUAUUGUUCAUCAAAUACAUAUCGUCAUAUAACGUAUAUAUAAAUUAUACUUAAAGUUUUGGUUAUUAACUGUUUUUAUGUACUUUUUAUGUGACUGCUUAAUAAACAAUUUUCAUACAAAUCAGACGUUUUGU